ACCUUUAAAAGCAAUGUGUGCUGUUCUCCCUCCAGAAGGCCGUGUUUCCGCGCAUUUCAAACUCUUGCUUCCUUCUAUGUUCCUUCCUCCCUGUCCAUAAGGGCCGGUCUCUCCGUUGUCUAACCUCCGCCUCCUCCUCUAGGCCGCCGCCGCCACCAUUGAGGCCACCAAAUGUCUGAAGCUCAAGCAAAUAACUGCCGUCAUCCACCGGGCCGUAGCAAACCAGACCAAGUUUCCCCUAGAGUUGAUGAUGUAUUCCCCUGCUUUCCAGGCAUGCACAGGCUUUCCUUCCUUCGCCAACCAAGGCAAGCAGCUCCAUGCCCACAUGACCCUCCAUGGCUUUCAACCGGACUCCGUUGUCGGAGCCCGUCUUGUCGCGAUGUACGCGAGUUUUGGCUAUCUCCAUCUUGCGCGGCUGGUCUUCGACCGAAUUCUUAGCCCGGCUGUGCUUCCAUUUAAUGCCCUGAUUCGCGGCUAUUCUGUUUCUGGGUGCCCAUCCAAAUCAUUGGAGAUCUAUUUGCAAAUGCGCGGGGAAGGUGUUCGUCCUGAUAAUUUCACGUUCCCAUUUGUGCUGAAGUCUUGUGCUGAUCUGAAUUGGAAUAGUACAGGCAGGUGCCUUCACCAGGAAUGCCUCAAGACCGGGCUUGAUAGUGAUCUCUAUGUUGGUACCUCGCUGGUCGACGUUUACAUGAAAUUCAGGUUGAUCAACGAAGCACGCCAAGUGUUUGAUGGAAUGCGGCUAAAGGAUGUGUCUUCCUGGAACGCAUUGAUUGCUGGAUACUUCAAGUAUGGGAACAUUGAUUAUGCAACCAAGCUUUUCUACGAAAUGCCAAAGAGAAAUGUGAUUUCCUGGACUGCAAUGAUUUCCGGGUUCACUCAGAAUGGUCUGGCAGAUAGAGCGUUGGCAAUUUUCUAUGAGAUGCAACAACGGUCGGAUGUUAAACCUAACUGGGUCACUAUAAUGAGUAUACUUCCUGCCUGUGGUCAUUCUUCUGCACUUGAGCAGGGGAAGCAGAUUCACAAUUACGCGAGUACCAUUGGAUUGGAUGCAAACGCAUCUGUUCAGACUGCACUUGUUGCAAUGUAUGCUAAGUGUGGAAGCCUCACUGAUGCACGAUACACAUUCAACCGGAUACAUAAGAAAGAUUUAGCUGCCUGGAACACUAUAAUCGGUGCCUAUGCGUCUCAUGGCUGUGGGAAGGAAACACUAAUGGCAUUUGAGGAUAUGAACAAGUCUGGGGUUCGACCUGAUGGUAUCACAUUUGUUAGUCUCUUGUCUGCAUGCAGUCAUGCAGGGUUAGUGGAUGAGGGGUUUGCAUAUUUUGAAUGUAUGAGCCGGGAAUAUCGCAUCCAACCAAGAACUGAACAUUAUGCUUGCAUGGUCGAUCUCCUCAGCCGAGCUGGGCGCCUAGGUGAGGCUAGGGAUCUCAUCAACAAUAUGAAGUGCGAACCUGGACCUAGCAUCUGGGGUGCGCUUCUUGCAGCUUGUCGAUUUCACGUAAAUCUAGAAAUCGGGAAGGAAGCUGCAAGCAAACUUUUUGUAUUGGAACCGCAGAACGGCGGAAACUAUGUACUUUUAUCUAACAUGUAUGCGCAAGUUGGCAGAUGGGAAGAGGUGAAUGCACUGAGAUGUCUGUUCAAACAACAGGGUCUUAAGAAAAAUCCAGGUUGCAGCUGGAUUGAGAUAAACAGAAUGGUUCAUGUGUUUGUUGGAGGUGAUAAAACUCAUCAACAAUCUAAAGAGAUAUAUUCACUGCUGAAGAGUUUGUCUUUGCGGAUGAAAGCGGCCGGAUAUGUCCCUGACACUAGCUAUGUGUUGCAUGAUGUCAGUGAGGAAGAAAAGGAGCAGACUCUUUCAACUCAUAGUGAGAAGCUAGCCAUUGCUUUUGGCCUCUUGAACACAAGUCCUGGUACUGCAAUUAGAGUAACAAAAAACUUGCGCAUCUGUGGUGACUGUCAUGUGGCUUCUAAGUUUAUUUCAAAAAUAUAUUGCAGAGAAAUUAUUGUAAGGGAUGUAAACCGGUUUCAUAUUUUUAACAAUGGUGUAUGUUCUUGUAACGACUAUUGGUGAGCCAAGAAAACUAUCGUGAAACGAAGUGCACAAAAACAGGCUUUUAUGAGCUUCAGCAUCAACCUCCAGUGCAGUAAAAUGGUCGAUUGACUUAUGGGCGUGUGCUCAUGUUAAGGGCAGAGAAACCAAAGAGUUGGCCAAAACAAGGGAACCGGCGAGUGUAAAAAAGGGCAAGACGACAAAGAAGGGAUGGCAUUGAGAAGCUUCAUCUAAAGGAUUCAUUCACUGAAGGUGCUUCAUUUUUGUACAAGGCUACGUCAGGCUAGGGAACGUCGGCAAUGCAAAACGAUAAAUGUUGCUGCCGUGGUGGAAACAGCAGUAACUGACAGCAUCCAAAGCCAAAAGCUGACAAGCAUGUCUACAACAACAAAGAGUGGAGGAAGUAAUGCUGACUUUCGAAUUGUUAAAUGUGAUAGUACCUGCAUCCAUAAUGUGUAUGCCUACGUGAAUUUAGACACGGGCUACAUGUAAUUUUCUAUCGGCCAAUUAGAAAAUUGUCGGAAGUGAAUCUUGGAACACUUGUCAAGUUAGUGCCAUCCAUACAUUCAAAUGUGAAUGGGAAAGCACAAUAUCCAUGAAGUUGAGGUCAAGGAACGGAUUGUACAACUUCACUUCUAGCGAUUCGAAGGCAGUGUCUCAUCACGAGGCCCUGGUGAUCAUAAAUGUGUUAGGAACUUGCUUUCUCCAGUUGGUGAUAGGUUUGCAUACUAAAAAGACCAUGUCCUCUUUACAACUGAAAGAACAGAUUGGAGCAUGCUGAGGUUCCCUAUAUUUCUUCUGUAGAUGAAGUUGUGGACAAUAAUGAACUAGGCAAUGUCUCAAAAUUGUACAAGAUGUCAAAUUCCCAGACUAGAAAUAGCAUCGACCAUGCAAUCAAGCAUUUAUUUUAAAUGCAUUACUGCUGACUCAA